AUGUCGAAGUCGCUGCCCGCCAACGUCCAUGUGUCCCGCCAUCCCUGUCUACAAGUGAAGCUCUCUCAGCUCAGAUCCAGCAAGGCCGCAAGCCGUGAAACCAACGACCUAGUCCACGAGAUUGCCACGAUAAUAGGCUGUGAAGCCUUUGCAGAUAACAUAUCCGUGGCUCCAGGCGAGAAGAACACCACGCCUCUUGGAUAUGAAUAUACCACUGGCUCCAUUAUCCCCGAGAAGAUCGCCUUGGUUCCGAUCUUAAGAUCUGGUUUGGGCAUGGUACAAGCCAUUCAAACUCUCCUACCAUGCACUCCAGCCGUACACCAUCUCGGCCUAUUCCGUGAACCCACCACUCUCCAACCAGUAGAAUAUUACAAUAACCUUCCCUUCCAACCAUCUGCGACAGGCGAGAACAGCGCAGCUGCGAAGCUAGCAAUCAUAAUCGACCCCGUGGUCGCGACGGGCAGCACUGCUGCGGGUGCCAUACAGACGUUGAAGGAGUGGGGGGUCGAGCGGAUCCUGUUUCUGUGUGUUCUGGGUAGUCAUGCUGGAUUGGAGCGUGCGGCGGGGGAGUGGAAGGAGGGAGUGCAGAUUUGGGCUGGCGCGGUGGAUGAGCACGUUGAUACGAAGGGGAUGAUUCAGCCUGGUCUCGGGGAUAUUGGGGAUCGGUUGUUUUCGGCCGGUGGGAAGACGUCGAUGGGUCCCUGA